ACCCCCACUAUAACCACAUAUUAUAAUGAUCAUCUCUAUUUCAGAAUGUGUCUCAGCCACAGUUGCAGACAUCGCAUUCAUUGUUGACCAACGUAGCAGCACAGGGAACGAAAACUUUAAACAUAUGCGCAACUUCCUUCACCGGAUUGUAGCUGGUCUGGACAUCAGUUCAAACAAAGUGAGAGUGGGUGUAGUGCUCUACAGUAAUACACCCAAAGCUGAAAUGUACUUGGACACUCAUGGGAAUAAACAGGACAUUCUCCAUCACAUCAGGAGACUUCCAUUUUUAGGGGGUACAAUUACAAAGACCGGAGAGGCACUGAUGUUUGCUCAGAGUGAUGUGUUCACUAGGAAGAGAGGCAGCAGGCAACACUAUGGAGUAGAACAGUUAGCCGUUGUCCUCACAACUGGAAAUUCUGCAGAUGAUGUCAGCCAGGUGGCAAUGGAUUUACGCCAGUCAGGGGUCAAAGUUUUCACCGUAGGGGUGAAAAAUUCCCAGAUUGCAGAACUGCAGCAGAUUGCCUCCUAUCCACCCCAGAGGUUUGUGUUCACUGUGGAGGAUUUUGCAAAACUCAGCACAAUACAGAGAGACCUGAGGACAAGCAUUUGCCAUGAAAUCCACAGAAGCCAGAAAGGACAUGGACUAGGACGUGGACUUCCUGGACAAUUUGGACUUCCUGGGUUCUCAAGAACCCAACAAAACGUCCCAACUCAAGGUAAAUACCAGAAACUAAAUACACUAUAUAACAACAACAACAACAAAAAAAACAUUCCUGGCAACUUCAUAUUCGAAGGUCUAGGUCAUGACUGCCAUUAAAUAGGUAGAUAUUCUAACAUUUGCAAAAUUUGGCAAAUUUAACAGAACGAUUUUAACCAAGGCCCCUACAAAGUUCAUAAAUCCAGUUUAGUAUUACUCAUGUGGAUCCAGGUGUAUAUAACAUAUAUCUGGAGAUAUAUAUCUGGAAGUAAUCGUGUGGGAAUUUGGCUUUAAAAUGGUUGGGAAAGAUUACAUGGACACUUUGAUGCAUUGUUACAAAGUAGAUAUGACAUUGUCAGAAAAAUGUGUUCCAAGG